CAGCGCCGGAACCUGUGAGGCACGGCUGGAGUAACGUGAGCUCGUCGCUCUGUGUCGCCGAGCGGACAGUUCACUCAACUUAUUUAUUCAUGAAACAUUUUUUGUGAUACAGAGUUGAAUAAGACAAAGUGCUUUUCUUCAAGGAGCCUGCAUUCCAGCCGUUUUUCCAUACCCUGAACCUUUUGAAGACAGCUCAUGUCUUUUUAUUGGUGCUGGAAUGUCACAAGGCACGUAGUAGAGCGACAAUGCGGGUGUGCUGGUUGGUGAGACAGGACAGCCGGCACCAGCGAAUCAAACUUCCACAUUUGGAAGCAGUUGUGAUUGGACGCAGCCCAGAGACCAAGAUCACUGAUAAGAAAUGUUCUCGACAGCAAGUACAGUUGAAAGCGGAGUGUAACAAGGGAUAUGUGAAGGUAAAGCAGGUGGGGGUCAAUCCCACCAGCAUUGACUCAGUCAUCAUUGGGAAGGACCAAGAGAUGAAGCUGUACCCUGGCCAGGUUCUCUGCAUGGUGAAUGAACUUUAUCCAUAUAUUGUAGAGUUUGAGGAAGAGGCAAAGAGCUCUGGCCUGGAAACACACAGGAAGAGAAAGAGGUCAGGCAACAAUGAUUCUGUUGAAAGGGAUGCUGCCCAGGAAGCUGAGCCUGGCACAGGGCUCGGACCUGGGAGCAGCCCCAGCCACUGUCCUGUGCCCCCAAAGAAGGGGAAGGAUGCAUCUACCAACAAGGAACCUCUGGGUCACUGGAGUCAAGGCUUGAAGAUUUCAAUGCAGGACCCCAAAAUGCAGGUCUACAAAGAUGAGCAGGUGGUAGUGAUUAAGGAUAAAUAUCCGAAGGCCCGUUACCACUGGCUGGUCUUACCAUGGGCCUCCAUUUCCAGUCUGAAGGCUGUGACCAGGGAACACCUUGAACUCCUCAGACAUAUGCACACUGUGGGGGAAAAGGUGAUUGCAGAUUUUGGGUCCAGCAAACUCCGCUUCCGACUGGGCUACCACGCCAUUCCUAGCAUGAGCCAUGUACACCUUCAUGUGAUCAGCCAGGAUUUUGAUUCUCCUUGCCUUAAAAAUAAAAAACACUGGAAUUCUUUCAAUACAGAAUACUUCCUGGAAUCACAAGCUGUGAUCGGGAUGGUGCAAGAGGCUGGCAGAGUGACUGUCCGAGAUGGGACCUCUGAGCUCCUGAAGCUGCCCCUUCGUUGUCACGAGUGCCAGCAGCAGCUGCCUUCCAUUCCUCAGCUGAAGGAGCAUCUCAGGAAGCACUGGACAGCGUGAUUCUGCAGAGCUGAACGGCUGCCGCGAGUGCGGCCGGCUGUUUGGAGCGAACUGCUGGCACCUAUUCUGGGUUGCUUGUGAACUGUUCAUUUCUUGGAUUAAAACAUGCAGCAUUUUUACAAAGCUUA